AUGGCCGCGGCCGGUAGCCCGGGCCGCUGUCUGGUGGUCGCCGUAGCCCGCCCAUUUGUCGCCGCUGUCCAUGGCGAGGCCCCGCCGCCGCCGUCGCUGCUGACCCGGGGCCGGCGCGGCUUCCGCCCUCCGCCGGGCGCGGGCGGCCUGCCUUUGCGCCCGAGCCCGCGCCCGCGCCCCGGGGCUACCAGCCGGGCGCUCGACGAUGGGGAACACAACCUCGUGCUGCGUGUCGUCCAGCCCCAAGCUCCGGAGGAAUGCGCACUCGCGGCUGGAGUCCUACCGGCCCGACACGGACCUCAGCCGCGAGGACACCGGCUGCAACCUGCAGCACAUCAGCGACAGGGAAAACAUCGACGGUUGAAUACUUGCAGUGAAGGUUAUGUUCUACAAGGCCCCAUAUGUGACCUGGCCCUCCAUGGAGAAAGGUUGCUGGCCAUGAAUUUGAAUAUGGAAUUCAACCCUUCAGACCAUCCUCGGGCCAGCACAAUAUUCCUUAGCAAAUCUCAGACAGAUGUGAGAGAAAAACGCAAGAGUCUCUUCAUUAACCAUCAUCCUCCAGGCCAGACAUCAAGGAAGUACAGCUCCUGCUCCACCAUCUUCCUAGAUGACAGCACAGUCAGUCAGCCAAACCUCAAGUAUACCAUCAAAUGUGUUGCUCUUGCGAUCUAUUACCACUCAAAAACAGAUGUUGAUAAAUGGAGUCAAAGAAAUCCAGUGCCACCAGAUUAUGACAAACACAACCCAGAGCAGAAGCAGAUUUACCGGUUCGUUCGGACACUGUUCAGUGCUGCUCAGCUGACAGCUGAAUGUGCCAUUGUCACCCUG